AUGUUCCUUACGCAUCUGCUCGUCAUAACUUUUGCUAUCACUGGCCCAGCCUUUGCGAUACCCAUGGAGCAGGAGUUGGCUGGAAGAGCUGCAAGGCCAGAAGCCAAUGUGGGACGCUUCCCUGCGAAUACAAAUGAAUUGGUGCAUCCACGAGAGGCCCCAAAUGAGCCUUUGAGCAACGAGGUGCACGUAUAUAUUGAACAACCCAUCCGCGGCACUACAGAAAAUCAAGCCAGAUCAAGCAAUCAUCCAGAACCACAAAACCCUGCCCAUUCACAAACUAAUGAAGCUGAUGACAUGAUUGGGAAUGUUUCAAGGCAAGCAUAUCAAAUCCAUCAUACUACUGCUACUACUACUGGGGUCGCCCAAGCUCAACGUCAAAAUCGGAGACAACUUUGUCGUUUUUUCUUUGCAGCAACAUUCCCUGCUUUGAUAUGUCUAAUGUUCAUGGGCAGACACCCCAUCCCUUCUGAUAUAGUUUCCGAAACUGAAUGGGCUUUUAUCGGAGCAUUUUUCGUUUACUUGUUUGCCGUUCUAUCAUCCUUAGGUGCUGCUACCAUAAGAUAACAGGUCUAAUCAUCUUGAGGAAAUAAUGUAGGAAUUCUCAAUAAAAUCUUAAAAAAGAGCCUCUGUGUUUUUUUUUCUUUCAAAAUUCCAAACAAAAUGAGUUCCUUUUUGUAAGAACAGCACUUGAAAUGGAUUUCUUCUGUCAAGUGCCAGACCCAAACCACAAAGAAUGCACAUAAAAACUCACCUCAAUCAAGACAUUCAUUGUCUGUUUGGGCAUUGAGGU